AUGCUCGGCGUCGGAAGAAGAGCUGCCCUGUCGCACCGCAAGUUCCUGGCGCUCGGCCCUACAGCCCACGCUGUCGCCGCAGCGCAACCUCACGGCUGUCAGUCCAGAGAUUUCCAUGUUUCGCCGAGAAACGCCGCGUCAAGGCCAACAUGGAUGCCGAUGCGGGUGAAGACGCCGUGGAUUGAUGCCCUGACGCAGAGCAGGGAGGCAGCUCGGAAUGCUAAGGAGGGCGGGCCUGCACCCAAGCCUGUAAAGCCGGAGCUUACGCCAAAGCGCAUGUCUGAUAGCUACUACAGUGCCGUGCUCCCGUUGGCUCAAGACAAAUGGCUCUUAGACACUUAUCUCAAUGCCUCGGGCAACAUUCGACUCGGUUCUCUUCUGAUGGACCUUGAUGCUUUGGCUGGUGUCAUUGCAUACCGUCAUACUGGUGACGGUGUCACUACAGUUACUGCUGCCGUUGACCGGAUCACGAUCGAGAAUCCUCUGAUGGAAAUUUGCGAUCUUGAGCUCAGUGGCCAGGUGACCUAUGCGACGGGAAGAUCCAGUAUGGAGGUCUCGUGUCAAGUCCGGAAGAGUCGUCCUGAGGGGCAGGACCCUCAACCAGAGGACGUUCUUAUCACCUGUGCAUUCACAAUGGUGUCUUUGGACCCUGUUACGAAGAAGCCCGCCUCCGUCGCUCCUUUGAUCCUGGAAACAGAGGAAGAAAAGCGCCUUUUCAAAAAAGGCGAAGAGAACUCCCAGGCCAAAAAGGCUCUCCGCACGCGCAGUCUCCUCGAGCAAGCCCCCAAUGCCGAGGAGAGUAACCUCAUCCACUCCAUGUGGACUAAGGAGAUGUCAUACCUGAGUACGUAUAGAUUACUAGACACCCUGCAUCGAAACCCGCAUGCCCUAACAAAGGAAUCAGACCCCGAAGCCCCGGCAACCCGCCCCACAAACUUGGUUUUCAUGAGCGAUACCGUCCUCAAAUCCGCCAUGAUAAUGCAGCCACAGGACCGAAAUCGCCACAACUUCAUGAUCUUCGGCGGCUUCCUGCUCAAGCAGUCCUUCGAGCUCGCCUUCUGCUGUGCCGCCUCCUUUUCGCACUCUCGCCCCAACUUCCUGGCCCUCGACCCGAGUACCUUCGAGAAUCCCGUCCCGGUCGGCAGCGUGCUGUACCUGCGGGCGACGGUGGCGUACACGGAGCCCGAGGAGCGCGAGGGUGACGCCACGAAGUACACGAAGGUGCAGGUCCGGGUAGACUCGAAGGUGCGGGAUGUGGAGCACGGGACGAAGAAAUCGACAGGGAUGUUUAACUACACGUUUUUGGUAGAGCGGGAUGUGCAGGUUAUGCCGAAGGGGUAUGGGGAGUUCAUGCUGUGGACGGAUGCGCGGAGGAGAGCGAAGAAUGCGGCUGCUAUUGAGCCGGCACAUAAGUUGAGUCCAUUGCGCAGUAUUAAGGAUAGUGUUACUGAGUAG